UCUAAGCUCAGCGUUGAGUAAUCACGGCAUUCACCAUCGAUUCCUUAAGGAAMAASACCAUUCCUCUUUCAUUAUGUCGAAAACUUACUUCUCUUGUUGUAGUUAGUUCUGUGGUUGUCUUAUUGUACUUGUUUGUCGAGGAAGUUGCUCCUGCRCACAAAGGACUACAGUUUUUGGAGACGACAUGUUCGCUCAAUACGAGUCAAGUCCGGGAGAACAUAUCAUGUGACUGUGGUGUUUAUACCAAGUCUGCUUGUUAUCCAUGUUUAAAGGUUGCAGUUAUGUUUAACAUUAGUGAAAAUGAUCAGUCAAAUCUCAAGCAAAUAUCGACUCUCUUGCACGAGAACUUAUACUUGCUGAACAUCAAGUGUUUCUUUCGUCCUUCAAGAUGUUGCCAUAGCAAUGAGGAAAACAGGAAAAACGUCUUAACUAAACAAAGAAUGCUUGGUAGCCAUGGCAACCAGUUUCCCUGUUACUACGACCCGUACAAUUCUUCUCAAGUUUUCUACUAUCGUCAUUACUUUGAACUKAUUAUCGUUAGCAGUAUUGCGUUACCAACGCUCGGGAUUAUUAUUGGUGUCUAUAUCUUGAUUCGUGUCAGUUGGAAAGAAGAACAAGAACAAGUGCGAUCAGCCUUUGGAUCACUCCAGCGGUCUCCCCCUGGAAAACCAUGGUGGCAUGUAAUYCARCACAAUCCAUURCGAGUUGAAUAACCUGCACCGUGCAUACAUUACCGCUUGUAACUUGGAGAUUUUCCAUUGAAAGUUUAAAAAAAGCUUUGUAGAUGCUUAUUAAUUCAGCUCUAAUAAAAUACAUUCAUGAGUUGAGUAGAA